CUGAACUCCGGAGGGUGUGAUGGAUUUUUCUGGUGCCUUGCAGUAAGAGUCUCCCUGUAGUUUACAAUCUCUUUGCUGUUCGCUUUUGUAGAGCUCUGCAGUGCAGCUUGUUAUAGGGUUUAACAAGCUAGGACAAAAGCACAAAAUGGAAAACACAGAGGAAGCAAUAGCUUUUUGUAGGAGCUUCCAGGAGAACCCUGAACCAGGAUAUCAGAAAGGAAGACUUUGGGUAAGAAGAAGAGAAGCAGCUGCAGCAGCGCCAGCCUUCUCUCCUCCUGUAACUGGCACAGAACUGAAACCCAUCUAUGAGCCUGAAGCGGACGAAGGCCUGGGAAGCGAGCAUGCGAUUCUGUCUGAGUCUGACGAAGAAAUACCGCUGUACAUUCAGACUCUUUACAGCUUUUUAGGAAAAGAAACAGCUGAAGAUUUUCUUCAUCCAACUAUUGAGGAGAAAACUGUUUCACCGAGAGCCAAAUGGGUGUUAAAUAAAACAAAAGGUUUUGUGGACUGUGAAGACAUCUGGAAAAUUCUGAGAGACAAUUCCAAAUCCAAAGACACACAACUGGACUCCACAAUUCCUCAGGCACUAAAGAUGUCCAGGUGUGAAAAUCUACCCACCACUAAGUAUCAGAGGUUUCGAAGCUGUCUAGCAUUAAUGCAAAGAGCAUCAGAUUCAAACCAAGAUAAAACUUCAUUGAUUAUUGCCAGUAAUCCACUUCUGGGCCUUAAUGACUUGGAAGGGACGGGUGGUCCAAUGAAAUAUCUUACUCCAGGUUCCUUGAACAAGACUGAAGAGCCUUUUCACAAACCUCAUGGGUUACCACCCAUUAACCACCACAAAAUACAGCUCUCCAGGACAGCGAGAAACUCUACCAUUCUGAAGGAGCAGGGAUUGAGUAAUGCGCAUAGCAAACAGACAAACAGGUUUCUAUCAGGGGAACGAUUACAUGCUUGUAGUGAUAGAUGGUUUUCAGAUCACUAUGCGGUGAAGAGAAUCAGUCUACCACCAAAGCUAUUGGAUAACAAGAAGCCUGGACAAAGUUCCUCUUCAAAGGAAACCCCUAAAGGUCAAGAAAAAGAACCUUCUUCCAUAUCCAGUGAGGAAAAACCUGGCUGCACCAGCAUAAACUGGGAGCCUCUAACCAUGUCUGCUGUCAUAGAGACCUCACCCACAGUAGCUGCACCAGGACAAGGCGCCUUUAAAUGUGGAAAUGUGCCUCAAUGGACUGUGGAUCUUCCCUAGCUCUCGUUUUAAUAUGUGACUCUCUUUAUUGCUGCCCAAAUAUUAAAACUCUAUGGAAUUUCACAUUUGUUUUUUGCUUGCCUUUGUAUUGUUUUUAUAAACUUUGUUAGGGAACGGAGUGCAGACGUCUACUUUAUUUUUACACUUCAGAAUCUUUUCAGCAAAGCAUGCCAGUUCGUUAUAUGCUAACUUGAUCUCACAUUUAAUUAUUGUCCAAAAACUUGGUUUGCAGAACCAUUUUAACAGAAGAAAUAGUGGGCCCUAUUCACAAUACUUUAACACCUUUUAAUUGAAAAUGGCUCUUUAACCCUACUGAAAUUCAUAUCGUUUUCAAAUAUUUUUUUCUCUAAAUGUAUAGUAUGUUUAUAAAAUGAAAAAUUAAAUUAAUGUCAACAGGAGUACAAGUAAUUUUAAUUUGAAAGUAAGUAAAUUAUAGGGGAACUUUGAAGUCUUUUUUGUUGAACGAAUAACGUUAUGCAAGAGACGUUUUGGUGUUUUUAGUAGGCAUUUUUCACAUGUAAUGUUUUUAAUCUGCACAAUCUGAAAUACUACUGUAUGUGUUGUUCAUAAGGUAAUAAAAGUGCAAUUGCCUUGAA